GCCAUCGAUUUUAAUUAACAAAAAUGUAACAAUCUGUGCAGUUGCUUAUGGUACUCUACUACUCUGUACACAAACACGUCAAUUGCACGUCAACGUCAAGGGCGAAUGCUGAUUGCUGUUUAAUUUUUACAUUUUAUUUUAAGUAGCUAACGAAAAUAACGAAGUAUCUUUUCUUAAUAGUUUCUAUCGACCAGACUCUGGGUAAAGUACCUAAGCUAUUUAUACAGCGUGCGAUGAAGAUGCUAGCAAGUCUGAGUGAUAUACCCGAGCUUCAGAGAUUAAACGUAUACAUUAAUAAUAAAGAGGAAUUAUUAAGAAAAAUAAAUCGAAUUGUAUCAGAUGGACCCAAAAAGCUCCAAAUAGUGACAGAUUUCGAUCACACCUUAACCAGACAUUAUAUGGAUAACGGGAGUACUGUGUUGACAAGCUAUGGUAUGUUCAAAGAAUGUCCAUCAGUACCGCAACAUUACAAAGAUGAAGAGAACAGGUUAGCAGAAAAAUAUAAACCAAUAGAAGUUGACCACUUGAUGAGCGUUGAGGAGAAAAUUAAACACAUGAUUGAUUGGUAUGAGGCCGGACACAAGUUACUGAAAGGCAUGAAGUUUCCACAAGAGGAGCUAAGGGCAGUUAGUCAAAGUAUGAAGGAGUGCUUUAGGGUAGGUGUGAAGGAACUAAUAACAUGGAGUGAAGUGCACCAGGUGCCUGUGCUAGUGUUCUCUGCAGGCCUCGGGGAGUGUGUCGUGUCAGCAAUGAAGGCUGCCGAUCUGCUUUUACCUCAUGUUAAGGUUGUGUCAAACUUUCUAGAGUAUGAUGAUGCAGGAUUAAUAGUUGGAGUCAAAGGAGAGGUAAUUCACACGCAUAAUAAAAAUGAAACCGCGAUUAAGAAUACUGAGUAUUAUGAGAUGGUCAAAGAAAGAAACAAUGUUCUACUGAUGGGGGACAAUAUCGGUGAUGCGGGGAUGGCAGAAGGUAUGGAACAUUGCGAUGUCGUCAUCAAAAUAGGAUUCCUAGGACGUAAUACUGAAGGUAAUCUGCAAAACUACAUCACAUCAUUUGAUAUAGUACUCCUCAAUGACCACACAAUGGACGUUGCAAAUUCAAUUUUGAAACAUGUGUUGUAA